GACAGGUGACAGGUGACUUGUGAUGGAAGAUGGAGUAAAUUAAAUAAAUAAAAUCAAAAAUUAGUGAGUGUGAAAGUAAUUCUGAUUCAGAAUUUCCUCUUCCAGAUUGGUAACAAGAAAGAUGCCUAAUUCGAACAGAAAAAAAUUAAAACCGAAAAGAUUUGAUAAAUUUAUACAAUCAGAAGGACGGCCCCCGGAGUCUUCAGUUGCAAGCGAGCAGGAAAAAAUACAAUUAGCCACUAAAAGACGCCAAAAUGAAUCCUUGGAAUUUUCCGCAAAUAAGAAGAUAUGCUACGGGUUAAUGCAUCCCCCUUCGGCUAUAAGGAAUCUCGCAAAUUCAAGGCUAAACAAAUUGAAACAAUCGUUACAAAACGAGAGUAAACCUAGUACCAAUUCAGAAGCCGGCACUUCUAGUGCAGCUUCACCACCAAAUACUCCGGUACCAAAUAAUUCAGCAAAUAAAACCUUCAGUACACCCAAUCUAGCGAAUUCGAGGCUGGACAAAAUAAAACAAAAUAUCCAUAAUGGAAUUAAUAGUCCUAUGGACAGCUCAAAAUCCUCUAAGUCUAGUAACAAUUUACCUCAAAAUAGUCCAAAUUCAAAUAAUACGAGAUUGAAAACUGCUUUGAAUUUAAAUCCGGUUGUUUCUAAACAGAAUACAAGCAAUCGUAUAAAUCAAUCAGGAAUAUCACCCAGUAACCUUGCAAACGGCAGAAUGACUAGAUUAAAAAGAAUGUUAAUCGAGGCCAAAGCAAUGAAUGAAAAUAACAAUAAUAGCACAGAGAGUAACUUGGAAUCUAUAACAAAAAAUCAAAAUUCGCAUUCACCAGUUCUUGUACCAAUCGAUGAGUUUAUUAGAAACGAUGAUAGCUACAAAAUGGCACUGACCGCUUCGUGGAUCAGAAAUCACGACUUCGAUGACGUGAAAGAACGAGAAUCUUCAUCCGAUAUAAAUGAUUCCUUUAAUUGUUCUAAUACAGCUUUGUACCAAUCGAGUAGUGAAAGAUUAGCUAAUUUGGAUACCAGUGAAGAAAUGGAGUGGACUAACGCGGAGCCCGAAGUAAUUAGAAAUGGAAAUAAUUUGGAAAUGGCACCACAACCACAAGAAAAAAAAGAAGUACCUGUACCCAGCGAACCGGCUAAAAUAGAAAAAGAAAAAUACCUUUCAAUUGUUGUGGAUACUAACAUUUUUAUAAAAGACCUUGCCAAAAUAAAAGACAUUGUAUUUUUAAGACAAGAUGGGCCAGUACAACCCCUCAUUUACAUACCCUGGAUGGUUGUGAAUGAGCUGGAUGAAUUGAAGGAUAGAUCGAAAAAUGGCGAUUUGAAAACCAAGGCAUUCGAGGCUAUUAAAUUCAUCAAUCAAAUGUUGAAUGAGAAAAACCCGCGCGUGAAAGGCCAAUCAGUCGCCGACAUGGCUUUUCAGAAAUGUAUUGGCAGCAGUCCAGAUGAUAAAAUAAUCGCUACAUGUUUGCAGGCCCUGGAAAAAUACGAAGAUGUGAUAGUAUUGUCUAACGAUUUGAAUUUGAAAAACAAAGCCAUGAUCAACAACUUGACCCCUUCGUCAGCAAACGAGAUCAUUAUGAAGAUAACUUCGAAAUUAAGGAAAACCGAUAAAACUCGAAAAAUCAAAAGCAAAAUGUCGGUGUUGUGUUCGAUGAUUAUUUGUGAAUGUGCGCAGGAAGCCUAUGGUGACGUAUGGACUAAAAUGAACCUACUAUCUAAUCCACCCUGGUCAUUGCUUGAUUGUUUGAUAAGAUUUAAAGAAUACUGGGUAGCAGUGUUUCAAGAGAAACUCCUAAAGCAUUUUAUGUUAAAUGUAGAAAAGUUGAAAAAAUUGUUGGUCGAAGAUAACGCUAUAUUUGAUGAUAGUGAACUGUACACGGAGUUGGUGAAAUUAUGUCUGAACAUUUGUAUUUUUCUUAAAGAUAUCGAGGAGCACAAAGGUUCUGUUGAAAAUACUAUAAAGAUAAUUACGGAAAUAGCAUAAUGUUGUGUAUAUUUCUUCUUUAAAUCUAUAAGAUAUUUUUGUACGUUGUUGAAAUUACAGUGAUUUAUAAUAUUUGUUUUUUUGGAUAAUUUUUAUUUAAAAUUUAGUUUCUUUUAUAAAUUUUAUAAAAGAAAAAAUGGAUUAUCUAUAAUAUACAUUAAACUUAUUCUACGUUAUCAUUGGCUUGUUCCAAAACUGCUCCGCUGUACGCCAAAUCCCAAUAAUGCUCGACUUUAUGCUUUUUAAAGUGUUCUCUCGCCAAUUUUUCAGUUGGACAAACUUUAAACUUCACCUCACCGAAAUUUCUUUGCUUCGUCGUGCCUUCCCAUACUAGCAAGCAUUUAUUCGGUACCUCUUUUCCAUCGGGAUCUUUCACUAAAUCCUCCUCCCAUUUGAUACGAUUCAAC